GUCUCCGGUGUUGCUGUUGCUCCGAGUGACCAAGUUGGGUGCCCUCCGGCAGCCCUGAUGCCAUGCCCCGGACAGCCGAGCGCGUCAAUCGACGGGGCUACUGCCUGAGCACCGUCGCCACCAGGGCCCGCUGGCCACCCGAGCAACGCCCGGUUACCGUGCCACCGGCGGCAUCGAGGUGGGGACCACCUCGCCCCCGCCCUGUGAACAGCCAGGCGUUACGGGCAGAAGAGUCCGCAUCGCCAUUCCGGAAGACCUUGCAAGACUGGGAACUGCUGCAGAAAGCGCUUACGUUUCAAAGUGAAAUGGAGGACGGAGAAGAGGAGGACGCCGGAGCUGCAAGGUCGGAGGCCGAGGAUGCCAAGAAGUAA